AAUGGGAGGAUCAAAGUCUAAGGCCAUCAAGAAGCAUGCCAAAGUGGCAUUCUCUGAUUCUGAACUUGACAUUCUGGAAGUCUAUUUCGAACUAUUGAAAUGUCAUGAUUCAUUGUACAAUUUCAACACAAUAUGAUCUAAAUAGAAACGGAUAUCUGACCCAGAAAUCAAUGGUCCCAGAGUUUCCCGAAAACCCUGACUUCUCAAUCAAACUCUAUAAUUGGAUGAGGGAACGCUGCAAGAAUUAGCAGAUAGAUUACACUAAUUUUGUGAUCACAUGUAAACAAUCAAUCUAAAACUCUAGUGGAACUCCUCUUAAAAGAAUAGUAGGAAUAUUAUUUAAGUGAUUACAAAUUCAGAGUCCUUGAGAAAUUUGAGUUAUUUGCAUUGAUAAGUUUGGGUUGUUUGGAAAAUGAGAAGGAAGCAAUAAACAGGUACUCAAAUUCAUUGUAUUCAGAUUUCAAGUAAGUUACUCUCAAGGAAGUACAGUGAUUAAGGAGUUAUUGAACGUCUAUUACUUUAAUAAGGAAGUAACAAAUAGCUAAAGAAAUGAUUUGGCUGCCAGAAGCGUAGCCAAUUCUAUUUUUGAUUAAAAGGCCUCCUUGCCAUUUAACUAGUUUAUCGGCUUAGCAAAAUAACAAUUAAUAUACGCUAACAAAAUGUGCAAAUAGUAUUUUACAAAAAAAUUUAUUGAUCCUCAUCUUAAAUAUGGUAUUCCAGCUUUGACGUCUUCUAGUUUUAUAUUGAAUGAUUAAAUACUUGCACUAUUAUAAAUGAGUUCUCCUGACUUUAAUCGAAUUAAGUAGUUGGAUCUCAAAUUUUCAUCCUCUGUAGGAUAUGAUGAUUUAGAGCAUAUUACAGAGAUAAUAAUAGAAUCCCAAUAGCCAUUGCUGUUUAUUUUUAGAAAUCGCGAAGAUGAAACCUAAAAUGAUACUUUCUAAUAAUAGGUUUUUGGAGCCUAUAUUAGUAUUGAUUAAACAAUUGAGACUCAUUUUGUUAGAAAGCAGCAGAAGGAUCCCAUGGGUAAUUGUUGAGUAUUCAUUAUCUAGGAAUCCUCUAUAAUCCUAAUGACUUGGUGUCACUUUACUUUGGAGACGAGAAAAGCUUCCUCUUUUCGUUACUGCCUAAAUAUCAAUUAUUCAUGAGUACAUUUGAUAUCAAAUCAAAAUAAUGUUUUGGUUAUAUAAAUAGCCGAGCUUUCAAUCUGAAGGUGCCAUAGCCUUAUGGUCUAGGGUUUGGAGGGGACGGCAAAGGAAAUUUCAGGAUUUGGAUCGACGAGAACCUCAAAGGGAAUGCCACAAAUCGUAUUAAUAAUUCAUGCGAUUAAACCUACGAAAUGGGCUAUAUAUUGGAGCCACACAUAGAGUUUUUAAAUGUAUGAUUGAGUGUUUUGAAUUAGUUAACAUCGAUUGAAAUAUGGGGGGCAAUAUUCGAAGAGAAGGAAACUAGGCCUUCUAAUCCAACAAAGUUUAGAAGUUGAU